AUGCUAUCGGGCCAUGAGAUCCCAGUCAUCGGAUACGGGUCUUACAUGAUCGCUCCAGGCACGACCGAAAAGGUCGCCGCCGAGGCACUCAAGGCCGGUUUCCGCCAUAUUGACUCGGCCAUUAUGUACGGAAACGAGAAGGCCUGCGGCCGAGCCCUGAACAAUUCGGGAAUCGACCGCUCUCAGCUAUUCUUCACCACUAAGAUCCCGCCCGGGUCAAUGGGAUAUUCGCGGACAAGACGGGCCGUGGACUCGAGUCUGCGAGAGGCAGGACAGAACUAUUUCGAUCUAAUUCUCAUUCACGCCCCCUUUGGUGGCAAAGAGGCCCGACUCGGAUCGUGGCGCGCACUGGUCGAAGCUCAGAAAGCAGGUAAGACCAAGUCCAUCGGUGUGUCCAACUAUGGUGUCCACCAUCUCGAAGAGCUAGAAGAUUACAUCAAAAACGGAGGCGGCGGUGAGAUUUCCGUCGGUCAGUGGGAGUUGCACCCUUGGCUGGAUCAUUCUGAUAUCACAGAGUGGUGCCAUAAGCGUAAGAUUAUCGUCGAGGCGUACUCACCUCUGGCGCAUGGUGAGCGGCUUCGGGAGCCGGUGUUGAAGAGUCUCGGGCAGAAGUAUGGCAAGAGCCCGGCUCAGGUUUUGAUUCGAUGGAGUUUGCAGAUGGGAUUCCUGCCUCUGCCAAAGUCGGAAACUCCGCAGCGGAUCAAAGAGAACACGGAGGUGUUUGACUUCGAGCUAUCUGCAGAGGAUAUGAAAAUGUUGGAAACUGGGGAGUAUUCUCCGACUGAUUGGGAUCCGACUGUGGAUGUGGAUUAA